AAACCAGUGCUGUCAAUAGAAGCAAAGGGAAUAGCGAAGGACACAAUGGAUGUUUUCUUUCAAAUGUUUCUGAGCUGUAUCGCUACCGAAAUGCCUAGACAACGGUUCCUCACGGAUAAUUUGAAAGCGUUUUUGUAUUCACCGCAACGCACGACCGUAGGGCUAGCGCACAAGUAUACCAGCAACCGUAAGUUCUUCGCCAAUCUGAUCUACCACAAGGCCUUCAAGACCAUGCUUCAGGAAGACGAGAACAAGUUGCAGCGCGAUGUCAUAAAGAAGUAUGAGUACUGUGACAACGUCAUCAUGGACCAGAAUAUUCUCAAGAAUUUCUACGACCGCGAGGUCGACCAGUCGAAGCUCAGGAAGUGAAGAUAAUCAACGCUGUACACGCUUUAGCGGCUUGAUCAAAGUAUAUAGCUGUCUGCAUAUUAUUUCAUAUAUAAUAGUACUGUAGGGGAAUUGAGCAAUAAAUUUAUUAUUUUAACUAACUCCGCAUAAAGAGCCAAUGAUGCACGCGUAAUUACAAUUAGAUAAGGUAUAUAUUAUUCAACAAUUUCUAAAUAAAUUGUUUUAUAUAUCCAACAUUUUCACGAGUAUGAUUACGAAACUGAGCUAUUACAGAAACAAAAACUGCGACGUGGUUGUGGGCUACGCUGACGCCGACUGGGAUGGCGAUUCAGAGACAGGAAAUCGACUAGCCUUUAUUGUUUCCGCGUUUACGGGUCCUUGUUGUAGCUUGGUAUUCGAAAAAGCAGUCCACUUAAGUACACACACUUCGCAAGUGUAACCUCUUUCUUGUAGUAACAGUAAGUCGCUCUCGCGUUUGCCAUCAGUGAUGUCUGCUGACUUCGAUCUUUGCUUAUAGAAGGAAGUGUAUAUUUCAGAUACAAUAGUUGUAACCAUGUUCGAGGGUAACCAAUUAGCUAUUGUCAUUUGUAAUUGUGCCUCCGGUUUUUCUCUCUUCAUGCGCGGUCAGCCUUGCGUUGCCGGUCACCAUCCUCUUUCGACGCCCUUUGAGUGAAUACACUUUUUUUUGUGAACAUGUAUUAAAAAACGAUAUACGUGUAUUACUUAGCCAAUUCCUAUAUUAAAUUAAU